UUCCGGAUUGGUAAAGUUAGGAUUUUGCAAUAUAUUUCCUGUUUUCUUAUUUGCAAAUGCAGAAGCCUGUUAUAUUUUACAGGAUCCUUAACAUGUGAUACAACACACUUUAUUUACCUGGGGUCCGGUUCAGAAGGUUUACCUAGAUCUGUGAUAAUACAUUGCCAAACCAUGGAUGAAGAUAGACAAAAUUCAGGUAAAGGUGAUGACAUGGAGCCAAAGUCCAGCCGCUUCAUGCCUGUGCCAGAACACAUGCUUUCACGGUCACACCACUCUAGCAGAGAAAACGUGGAUGAUGCAGUUGUGCCUCCACCUUCGUAUACGGAAGUCGUGGUUAACAGAAACAAAUAUGAAGAGCCGCCACCUGAGACAGAAGAUGUCCCUAUGGCAGACAUGGGUGAAGGUGCUGAAGGUAGUGAACUUUCUCCGGAAGAAAUUGCAGUUAUAAUGCAGAUGCGGGACAGUCGAAGUUCUUACGUUGACGGUGCUGGCAGGGAAGAGGAGGCUUUUGAAAUGGGCACUCCGGGUAACUGGACUUUAAGGGAAUCUUCAGUUGAUAAACAGCUUGAGAAAGAUAGUGAUGACGACAGACGAUGGACUGAUGUGGCAGGGGACCUGGGCACGGUGGGCAUGGAGAGUCAAGGUGUGGCCAGGAUCUCCUCUGUUGUGGAUGCAGAAGAGGGAAACGCUGGGUCUCACAGGGAAGAUGAGGAAACACCUCGCAUACUAAGAUUGUGCCGAGGAAUGGCUGCAACCCAAAUCAUCUGCUUUGUCGUGGUUGCCAUACUGAUCAUUGGAGUACUGCUUUUCCUCAGCCUCUUCCCGGCCAGCUUUGUCUAUGUUGACUAUGAUAAGAUAGCCUUAAAGCAGAGCAAGAUGACAAAUGUUGUUGAUAUGGACGAGGUGUUCUAUGGAGGAUGUUAUGUCCUGGGGCCCGACACCAAGUUUGUCUAUUUCAAGUCAACAACUCAUGACGUUGUUCAUCGAAUUGCUGUUUUCACCAAGGAUACCAUCUCCGUCACCAUCAAUUUUUCUUUGCAUUACUUUAUCAGGCCGAAGGAGGUUGGUCUGCUUUUCCGGAAGUUUGUCCAUGACUACAAUCCCCCGUUCGAGCUCAUGAUCAAAAGCACAAUCAAGAACAUUGCUGCAGCUGAACUCUCAGUCAAUAAUUUCCGAUUCAACAGAACAUAUGUUGAGACUCGCAUGCAUGCUGCUAUCAGGAGGAAACUUGGAGGUGACUGUUGCCCAGACUGCUGCAAAUCUCGGGAAUGUCAGAGUAACACCUACUGUGAGACUUGCAAUCCACUAGCCUCGUGUAACCAGGGUUACCACGUGGACGCUCGAUUCUUCAACCUACUCGGGGUCUCCAUACCAAAUGAAGUGUUUGAGAGGUAUCUACAUAUCGCCAUCCUUGAGGUUCAAAAGGAGCGGGAGUUUUUCUUCCGAAACCACACCCUCACAGUGAAGGAGACAGAGAGACAGACUAAAAACAUCACAAAUCGGGCCAAGGAGAAGUUAGAUCAAGGCCAUGCAGAGGCAAACAGGAUCAGAACUGUAGCUAAUGCAGACAAGGAAGUGAUCGUGACCAACGCUCAAGUGUCCGCCCUUAAGGACAUGUACACAUAUCUCAACAUUACGCGCCAGGAUUAUAAGGCAUCAGUCUUGUUGGUCAGGAGCCUGGAAGAUUCCGCUAGUAAUCUUUACGCUGGAUAUGGAUUCAACAAGAAUACUCUCUAUUCACCUUAGUGCUUUAUUCCAGUUAUGUAUUACUCUACAUGCCUCGACCUUAACUGUAGACCAGUAGCCCGAGGCUACCAUUUAUUUUUAGGACUUCUUAUUUCCUCCAGUUGGUUAGUCCACAGGGCUACUCGAUUUUUUACACAUUACGGUACACUUUUGUUUACAAGUGUAUUUAUUUACACUAAUAUGGAAAUGAAGCUACUUAAAAACCUCAAUUGUAUUGUUACGAAACACCAAUCAGCGGUUGCUUCCCUUGCUUUAAAUUAUGAAGGGAAGUAACCUCUGCAUGAACAUGUGUACUGUACGGUACAGGUUUUAAUCUAAUUUUUUUAGAUAUAUUAAAGCGUCCCAAUCGAUUAAGUGACUUUCGCAACUGUCACCUUCAUCCCCAACUUUUAUGUUAUGAAUUUUGAAAACUCUUAGUAGUCGACUGAUGAAAUGGGUUAAAGUCGAGGCCUACUCUAUUGUUAUUGGCUUAACUGAUAUCUAUACUACUGUAAUAAAUAACAUAUUAAUAUCUGUGAUUAAAUGUAUGUUUGUUUGUUCUUAGUAUACAUGUAGCUCUAAAGGGGGACAAUAUAGGUAUUUUUAAUAAAUAGCUAUCAGGUACAUGGCCACAAAUUACGCAGGUAAAAAAGGGCUAAAUUAUUGCGGAUUCUUUUUUAUCUGUACACAAUUUGUACGCUUUUUUUGUGUUGAUUAUUAAAGUCAAAAAAUGAGUAAAACACAAUUAUGCAUCAAUUUUUUUUUGAUAAAUUGAUACAAGCUAAUUUCUAAAAGCAUUGAUAUUCUUAACACUUGUGUUUUGUAAUAGGAGGUGCUUUGGCAGCUAGCAUACAUUGUAGCAUUGUACAUAAGUUUGGUCAAUAACCAUACAGUGUAGUGUCUUUUUUAUAGUCAUGUGACAUACCUAAUGUCUUAUUCUACUUUUCUUUGAUAGUAUGUGGUAACUCAUAAUUUUUCGUCAAUUUUAUACUGUUAACCAUUUAGAUGUUGUCUGUGAUAAUUGUUUUGUCUUCUGAAAUCCCUGUUAAUAUGAUUAUAAUUACAUGUAUGUAGACAAUUUUAGUACUUGCAAAUACUUUUAAAAGAAUCCAGGGCCCGUUUUUACUUAUGUCUUAAGUUUGAGUCUCAACUCAGACUCAGAAAAGCAGAAUCUUCAUUUUGUUAUAAAAAUGCUAUUAAUGGAGCAAAGAUGCUAAAAUUGUUGUACAUGUCACAAAUGAUACGUUUUACACUGAAACAGACAUUUUAUAUAUAAAAAAUAUUAUAGUCUUUAAUAUCAUCUAAUAUCAUAGAUAUUUUAAAACAAUUAAAAUUUCAAUUUUCUGAGCCCGAGUCUUAAACCUAGAUUGAAGAUGUUAGUAAAUAAGGAACCUGGACCCAGCAACAUUUUUUAAAUUGAAUUAGGUUAUUUCUUAUAAUAAGGCUAUAGGGAACAGUUUCAUGAAGGAAAAAGUCAAGUUGAUAUUAUGAAUAUAUAUCGUGUGCAUUACUGCGUUGGAAUACUUUUAGGCUUUAUUACAUGUAAUGCUGAGCUAAUAUAUUUUUAGAUUAACUAUAAGUUUAUAGAUUUCGUACCUAGUGAUUUUUAAUUAAACAUAACUUUGGUAUUUCCUUCAUAUUUUGUAAAGGUACGAAACUUUUUUUUUUAAUCACCGAAGUGAAUUAAGAUUUCUGACAAUGGACUGCAUAAUUGCCCAGAACAACAGAAGGAGGCCUGCAGUUUACUGGACUCCCAUUAAUGCAGAAGGGUGCUUCCAAAAAAAGGGAAAGGGUGCAUAACUCUUUUAACUGAAACCCUUUCCAUAACAUAAAUAAAUGAAGUUGCGCUGUUAGGGUAAUAUUUGUUUGUAAACUCUCCACCUAAGUUGUUAGCAAUAUUUUAAUGUAUUUAUCAUUUUACCAGGCAUUUAAAUUGUAACCUAUUUGUACAUGUAUUUACUAUUGUUAUAUUAACAUUUUAGAGAAUAAACCCUGAUAAUACACAU